AUGGUAGCUAUCAAAACUUCAGUACUCCUCUGGGCUACAGUAGCCACCCUCACUUUGGCAUAUCCUGGUCAAGAGCAAGGAUGGCAAGGCUCUGGAGGAGACAGCAUGAAGCACAGCGGUGAAUACCAAGGUGGAAACUCUGGUGGAAGUGGCCACGGUGGCCAAGAAUACGGAGGCGGUAAUCAAGGUGGACAGGGUCACGGUGGUCGAGGAUAUGACGCUCAGGGAUGGAAAGAUAAUCAUGGCCCUCAAAGUGGUGGCGCAGGCCAAGGUCAGGGCAUGCAGGACCAUGGUGAUCAUAGUCGAGGUAACAACAAAGGCAACCGCGCUCGAGAUGAAGAUUUCGCGCACGAGCAUGCAAACCUUGGAGACUGGGUUAAACAAGGGUUCGGCCAUGGUGAUCAGGGGCGCACAGGAGGAUCUGAUGGCCAGGGCAAUCACCCUCGGGACUACCAUCCCAGUGGACACGAGAGCCAAAAUGAGCACGGUGGAGAAGGCUUGGGUCACACUGGAGAGCACCAGGGCCAAGGUUUCGGUAAUGGCAACCAUCCUCGAGAUUUCCAACCCGGUGAACACGGAGAGCAGCACAAUCGGCAUGGUCAAGACCACGGAGACCACGGGAAUCACGAACAUGGUUUCCCUCAUCACCUCCGUACUCGUGCCACCGAGCUCGGUGUGUACGAGUGUAGCCAUCAAAACUGGGUCAUGCCUUGCAAGUGGACUCCUCUGAAGGACGGACAAUGCUACAAUAGGAUGUACGAUUCCAACGGAUCGAUGGGUCCCGACAAGGGCUUCACUUGCGCCGUUUAUGAACAAAAGGACUGCAACGACAAGGGCUGGGUCACUGCUCCAGGUUGGAAGUACCCUGGAACCCCCAACUAUCACACGUCUCAGUUCUUGGAAGAUUAUGGUAUGUUGGGGAACGGUAUAAUCAGUAUCAAGUGCAAGAAGAGCUAGGGACUUGUAGCUUGAUGGAGCCGAGAGAGCAUGAGUUGCCGUGGAC